GCUAGUGUGUUUUGAUGAGACUGUAUUGUUUUAAGCAUUUAUCAGGACACUGGUAAAAACAAAAGUUGGUGUUCUGUGCCCUGUGUAAUGCUCAUAGCGACAGUGACUCUGCCAUAUAAAUACAACACUGACCUCGUUACAUUAGUUCAGACUCCUGGAAAUGAUUUUAAAAGAUCUCCUUAUCCUGCUUGUUGUGCUGUCACUAGCACAAGCAUCCUCGCCUCAGCAUAUCAUUCAUCCCAAAUUUCUACAUCUGGAUUGGCCAGCAGAUUGUGGAGUUGCUUUUUUCCAACAAAACACCGCUGGGCGGAUAGUGUCUGGGAAUGAAGUACGACCGUAUUCCUGGCCUUGGCAGGUUUCCUUGCAGGUUAAGUCUAGAGGAAGUAAGAAAUUUGUUCACGUCUGCGGUGGGACGCUCAUUCACAAAAAUUGGGUCCUCACUGCGGCCCACUGUUUUCAGAAGGGGAAGGCAGAAGAUGCAGCAAAUUGGAGAAUUGUCCUUGGUAAACAUAACCUUAACCGUACAGAACCUACGGAAAAGAUUUACAAUGUGAAGCGUAUUUACCGACACGAACGCUUCCGCUACCCUCAUCUAAACGAGCUGGAUUAUGAUAUUGCUUUGGUGAAACCCGAAGGAGACAUUUUAACCACACACUUCAUCCAGUACGCAUGUCUUCCUAAAAGAGAAAUUGCUCUGCGGCCAGGACAUUUCUGUUGGGUAACCGGAUGGGGAGAUACCAGAGGUGGAAAAGCGAAUCUAACGUUAUCAGAAGGUCUGAACCAAGCAAAACUACCAAUCAUUGAUAACAAGACUUGCAGGCAGAAAAAGUUUUGGGGAGACCGAGUUCGCGACUCGAUGAUCUGUGCUGGAUUCCGAGACAUUGGUGGACCUCCUGCUGCCUGCCAGGGAGAUUCUGGGGGUCCACUUGUGUGCCAGAACGGAAGAGAACGCUGGGAGGUGCACGGCAUAGUCAGUUUUGGGCCCAUCGGUUGCACAGUAGAAAACAAACCAAGCGUCUUCACCAAAACCUCAACCUAUAUUCCUUGGAUUGAGGCCACCAGGAUUCGCGAUUUCUUCCUACACUGAAGGCAAAAGCAGGAUCUGAAGUGUGGCAGCUGUUCAAAUCUUGGAUUGUAAAAAGGGAUUUAAGCUUGUUCUUCCUAGCUGGGAUUUAGUCUUAUCACAUGGCACGGCGUGUGAGUACAGUUUUCUCGAGCUAUGUUACACUACAUUAACGUGUGACUCAGGAGGACCUCCUUGAGGUUUCAGUCACCGUAGAUAAAAAUGAACAGUCAGAACAGAUGUCCUAUAUUGUGUCAUCCAGAGUUUGGAGUUCCUAUAUCUCUCGUGCAAUACAGUAAAUGUUAACAGUGAUUUUUAACACUGUCUUCCCUACACACAAGACAAAUACUAAACAGACUGCGAGCUAUUUUGAGCAAAGAUUCCCCUUUAAUAUAAUGCCAUGCUUUUAAACUGUGUAUCACCCCAAGUUAUAUAGUGUUAGUUUCACUAUCUUUGUGAAGCUUGAAUACCCCAAUGGCUCUACGUGAAUUAUAUUACUUAGGCCAUAUGUACAGUAUAGGUGGAGUUUGAGGAUAGUGAUUUUUUUUUGCUGCAUUGUACUUUUAGGAAAUCUCCUGGAAUUUUUCAGUCGAUGUAACAUGUGCAUUAAUCCUGCUGCUUUGAUAAAUGUCUGUUCGUCUUACAUUAGUGCAUAUAUGAUGCCACAUCAACACAGUCUAUUUUAAGCAACUCACUAGAAUGCCGGUAUCUCUGCAAAACCAAUGGUUCAUUUUAUGUUCAAGUAAAAAAUCAUCAUCAUGAGCCGUAAUUUCAAAAACAUAAAAAUAGCAAAAAAAAUUAUAUUUUUUUUAACUAAAGCUGGUCUGGAAUGUUAUGCUGAUAUGAACUGAGAAAUUAAAAAGUGUUCAAAAAUAUGUCAUGAAAGAAAGAGAAAAGUAUGUUCUAAAACAUUCUAUGAAAGCAAUUAGAUCCCACAGGAUUACUAGUUUGGGGCUUCCCUUCAUCUUUCUUAUAGGGAUGGCAAAAGUGGUCAAGCAAAUUCAUGUUUCAUGGAGCCCAUGUGUAAACCAUGGGCGCUAGAU